AUAGAGACAAUCGACGACCAAUGAUCAGUUAAGGGUGGGAUUACUCGAGCUCGUAAGGGUGGUAUUACUAGCAAGAAUAGUAAAGUCAACUAAACCUGGUUUCACGUGUAGUAUUUACCGUGUUUAAAUGCGCCGACUCGAAUGUCGAUCCGGUUAAAUAACUUAUUUCGCCAAGAGAUCAACCAGGAGCUCGUGCAAGGUGUUCUUCCUUCAUGUCACUCUCUACAUUUGGGCUAUAUAAUCCCGCCCUAAUGUGUCUCUGGUGUGUGACAGUUUUGUGACAGGAGGAAGUGACUGUGGCAACAAAAGUGAACGUGAAGUGAGUUCAUGCCCACCACAGCUGCUGAUGCGUGACCUCACUGAGAGCUAUUUGUGGCUUUGAGCUUUGAAUGGGUUAAUAGCUAAAAAGGCAUCUGACUCGUGCUACAGCAGACACAGAUUGUAAACGCCUCCUCAUGUCUGUAUUUAUCAAUGGUCAAGACAGAAGGGUCUCCUCAAACGUAAAGGUUCUUCAUUGUGUUGGAUAUCCGAAUUUAAAGCUCUGAUCAAAGAAUCUGAAAGAAUCGACGGAUUUGAUCUGCGUCCGAGGGAUUUCCUUGUCUCUGUUGUUUUAAUUUGGUCUAGCGUGAAGUUUGUGUGAAAGAGAGUAAAGAUGGUUCUUGCCCACCUGAAAGGAUUUGGGAAUAAACUGCUGAGGGUGAAGGUGGUGGACUGCAGCACAGAAGAGUCUCGACUUUCUCGAUGCCUCAACACGUUCGAUCUGGUGGCCCUCGGAGUGGGCAGCACGUUGGGCGCCGGCGUGUACGUGUUGGCCGGAGCUGUGGCGAGAGAAAACGCAGGGCCGGCUAUCAUCUUGUCCUUUCUCAUUGCGGCGCUGGCCUCGGUCAUGGCCGGACUGUGUUACGCCGAGUUUGGAGCGCGAGUACCAAGGACCGGCUCUGCGUAUCUUUACAGUUACGUGACUGUGGGGGAACUGUGGGCCUUCAUCACUGGCUGGAACCUCAUCCUCUCUUAUGUCAUAGGGACGUCCAGCGUCGCUCGGGCUUGGAGCGCCACCUUUGAUGAGCUUAUUGGGAACCACAUAGAAAAGUUCUGCAGGCUUAACAUGAGCAUGAACGUCCCGGGACUCCUAGCCGAGUAUCCAGACUUGUUCGCCGUGCUCAUCAUCCUCACGCUAACAGCUUUGUUGGCGUUUGGGGUAAAGGAGUCCGCUAUGAUCAAUAAGGUGUUCACCUGCAUCAAUGUUCUUGUCUUGAUGUUUGUGGUGGUAUCGGGCCUGAUCAAAGGAACCUCCAGGAACUGGAAUCUAAACCCUGACCAGAUCCUCAACAAUACGAAUUCAUCAGCGCCAUUACCAUCUAAAGAGAGUUUGGGUACUGGCGGCUUCAUGCCCUUUGGUUUCUCUGGAGUUUUGUCUGGUGCUGCGACCUGUUUCUACGCUUUCGUUGGGUUUGACUGUAUCGCCACAACAGGAGAGGAGGUGAAGAACCCACAGCGGGCGAUACCCAUCGGCAUCGUUGCAUCACUGCUCAUCUGUUUUUUUGCUUACUUUGGCGUGUCAGCCGCUCUCACGAUGAUGAUGCCGUAUUACAUGCUGGAUAAGAACAGUCCUCUACCUGUAGCCUUCAAAUACGUAGGCUGGGAAGGUGCAACGUAUGCGGUUGCUGUUGGCUCUCUGUGUGCUUUGUCCACCAGUCUGUUGGGCUCUAUGUUCCCGAUGCCCCGGGUAAUAUGGGCCAUGGCUGAAGAUGGGCUUCUUUUUAAGUUCCUGGCCAACAUCAAUGAAAAAUCCAAAACUCCUAUAAUGGCCACUAUCACCUCAGGAGUAGUAGCAGCUGUGAUGGCUUUCCUGUUUGAUCUGAAAGAUUUGGUUGAUCUCAUGUCUAUUGGCACUCUGCUGGCAUACACGCUAGUAGCAGCAUGUGUUUUAGUAUUGAGGUACCAGCCAGAGCAGCCCAGUGUAAUUGUCCAGUAUCAGAUAGCCAACUGUUUGGAGGAAACCGAAGCAGAGUCCAUUAAUGAAAGCAGUGCCGACAUCCUAUCUGAAUCUCAAGACACCUGCACCCUCAGCAACGUCCUGUGUCCCAAAAACGAAGAGCCGUCCCGACUCUCUGGCUUUACGGUCAACAUCUGCACCAGUGUAUUAGGUGUGCUGGUGUGUGUAUUCUGUGUUGUGGCAGUACAGGGCGGUUUUCAGACCUGGACUUAUGUCAUUCUCAUAGCUCUGGGCUUAGUUUGUUUCGUCAUCACCCUGAUAAUUUGGCGGCAACCAGAGAGCAAGACGAAACUCUCUUUUAAGGUACCCCUGCUGCCGUUCCUUCCUGUCCUCAGCAUGUUUAUUAACGUCUACCUGAUGAUGCAGCUGGAUACAGGCACCUGGAUGCGUUUCGCCAUUUGGAUGGUCAUAGGUUUUGUUAUUUAUUUUGCUUAUGGGAUCAGACACAGCAAAGAAAGAGAGUUGAGCAUUAACGGCACAGAAGAUAACGCCUUUAAAUCGCUGGAGACAGACGAACCUCCUUCACCGGAGAAAGAGGCUUUCCUGAGCAACGGUACUUCUGCCACAGUCGAAGAGGAGGACGGCGACCCUUGAAAACACAAGUGAUGUGUCAGUUUGCGAAGCCAUUUUUCAAGUGCUAACUUGACCGUCACCUACCAGCUAAAAAACGAAAGCUGCUACUGGAGUUCAUAAUAACUUUUUGUUACUAGAUCCAAAGCACCUUUAAGCAGCAUUAUGAAAUGUGAGUCGGUUGUGGGGAGUCAUUUUUUACCACAUGAAUGGAUGAACGGCCAUCUUUUAUUCAUCUUAAAACUUGAAGGAUAGCGUUACUGAGCAUAUUUAAGGACUUGCACUGCACUUUGAGAGCAGUCGGUUGUUCCUUACUGUGUAUAUUUUUUUAUCUAUUUAUUUGUGCAUGUUUCCAUCAUGCUUUUCUAUUCUUUUUAAAAUGGUCCUGAGUGAGAACACAACAUUACCCAUAAUUCCCCUGUGCUGUGCACAAUUGUGUCUAAUACUGUGCUCUAUUCGGCAAGUGUAUUUUAAUCAGCCAAUGAAAAACAACGUCAUGUUUAUGCGACGUCCCCUAUUUAAAGUGCCUUUCAGGGGUGCAAAAAAGGUGUUUGGGAUUUACUCGGUCUGUCGAUAUUGAACAGCACAGAUUAUGUCUAUGCAAGUGGGAGCUGGUUUUAAAUAUAUCUCAACUAUUCAGAGAGAUUUCAAUGCUUUCUUUGGUUAGAUGUCCUAACCGAGUCGUCUAUUGUGUGCACGCAGCUUCUCUGAUAGUAUGAUGGAGUUUUAUAUUUGCAUCUGGUGUUGGGUUGUUUAUUUUUGUACAGUGUUAAGUGUAUAUUAUUGUUUUAAAGAGCACAAAUUGUCCGAUUCACGAUUUUACAUUUCGUUUGGUGUGUAAGUGUGUAUUAGUACAUGUUAAUGAUAUGCAAAAGGUACAAACCCAAAAGUAAGCGAUGACGCGAAUUAUCGUCUCCAACGUAAAUCUCUUUUCUUGGACUACAACAAACACACGGAUUGUAGGCAAAAGUUUACUUCCUGGGAUUGGUGAUGUAGACAAGACCGACAUUAUCAUAAUUCCUCCCGCUUCAGACUCACAGCCUGUAAGUUAACUCCUGUUAGCAUUGCAUUGUGAGCGAAUCUUUUAAACAUGGUAAGAAGCGUCACAUUUCCUGCUGACGUCAGAGGUAUUCAGACCAAUAACGUACAGAUUAGCUGACCAAUCAAGGACACAGAGCUUUUAAGAUUGAUAAGUUUUGUACAAAGUCAGUGCGUUUGAGAAAGGAGGGAAUUAUGGAGCUACACAAAUAUACGGUAUGUGGAAAAUGUGUUUUUGGAACCAUAAACCAGGUAAACACAUUGUAUUUUACCAAAUACACAAAAUAACGUUGUAUUUAGCAACGUAAUAGGUGCUCUUUAACCUUUCGUGUUGCAAAAUGUUUUUUUAACCAUUUCAAAGCUUUAAUUAUCCUGAUUUGAUUUCAAUUUCACAAUGUGCAUUACAAAAACCUUUUGAAAAAAUCACAGUAAAAUUCAACUUGUGUAUAUAAGCAUUAGGAUUGUUUCACAGCAAAAGUUGUUAAACGAAACUGUAAAUGUAUUGUAAAUAGCUGUUUUUUCCGUGCAAUAAAUUAUUUUCUUGUUUGUAAAGAA